AUGCCGGAUCCUUCAACAUGGCUUCUUCAGCAAGAAAGGCAAAAGCCGAAGGGCAAGACCAUCUCUUUGAACUCGUUUCCUGCAGGAGACGCCUGGCAAUGCGACCAUUCCGAUCCGCAAGGCGCCAAGCCAAACUGGGCUGAUGAAGUUGAGGACACUUACGAUUCCUACGAUGGAGGACGUCGCGAGGCGAAAAACACGAAUGUCGUGUUGCCAACAGCACCAAAAGCAGCGCGUGGAAUCGACGAUCUUAGUCAAAAACUUCCCACGUCGCCACCCUUCAACGUCUACCUCUCAAAUUUACCCUACGACGUAGAAGAGGAUGAACUUGAGGAUUUUUUUGCUGGAUUAAAGAUUGUAAGUAUGAGAAUUCCGCGUGAGGACCGAAUGGGCGAGGAACCACGUGUCAAAGGUUUUGGUUACGUCGAAUUCGAGGACCAAGAGAGUUUAAUUGAAGCACUUGAGAAACCAGAUUGUACAUUAAAAGGUCGUAGAAUACGCAUCGAAGUAGCAACAAAUUCUGACAAUGAUCGGCGUCGUGGCCGCAUGGAUAUGAACCGCCCAGAUCGCCCGGAAGCACCCACCGGCGACUGGCGCUCUUUUGGUCGUCAAGAGCCUGAAGGUGGCCCGGAACGCCGAUACAACCGCGAUGGCGGAGGCGGCGGCGGUCGUGAUUUCAACCGUGACGAGAACCGUAGCGGUGGCAUGUGGCGUGAUGGUGGCGAACGUCCCUCAUUCCGUGAUCGCGAUGGCGAUCGAGAUCGGCCGUCAUUCCGAGACAGGGACGGCGAUCGCGACCGUGGUGGUUUCUCACGGGAACCACGUGAAGAUAAGCCUAUCACUAGGGACGCGCCUCCAAUCACAAGAGACGGCCCAUCACGGUAUGAUUCUGGUGAGAGGCGAGGUUUUGGCGCGAGGCGGGAUCGUGACGAUCGGCCGUUUGAACGCAGCGAUAGACGACCAGAUGAUCGUUAUAUGGAUCGUGGUGAGCGGAAUGGCGGUGUUAGGAGAGACGAAGAAGGUGGUGAGCCACGAACGCGUCCGAAAUUAAAUCUUGCGCCUAGGAGUGUUCCGGUUGCUGCUGAGCCAGCAGCAGAGAGUGCACCAAUUGCAAAAGAAGGUGAAGAGGAAGGUAAAGAAACUGAGAGGGUUGCAGAGAAAGCCGAGCCUAAAGUGCCGGCUGCGUCGAUUUUUGGCAGUGCGAAACCUGUGGAUACAACUGCAAGAGAGCGGGAAAUCGAGGAGAGGCUCGCAAAGGUCGAAGUUGACUCUGAUAGAAGAAGAGAUGAAGGUCGUCGUAGGUCACCAGAUCGUCGGCGUCGUGGUGGUGAUUCUCCUGAUCGUGGCGAGUCGCCAAGUCGGCGACGUUCGCCGGAAAUUCGCCGUGGUGGUGGUUCUCCAGAUCGCCAACGUCAACGAGGUGAUGAUAGGAGACCGAUUAGACAUGAUCGUGAUGAGAAGCCGCUGGACAGGAGGGAUCGAAACAGUAGCCGGGAUAAUCAAGAAAAACGGCCACCAAGAGAGUAUACCGAACGUGACAUGCCGAAAAUAAAAACGCCGGAACCACUCAACAUUGUCGGCGAGAACAAGUUCGCCUACUUGAACGACGAAGGCGAAGAUGACGAAGAUGAAGAGUAAGCAGCCGCCGAGCCGAGAAGAAGACCACAGCAGCAGCACUCAAGCCUUACAUUCGUUUGUUUUGUAUCACCCGCGACGCGCAUAUUUCUAAUUUCUAAUAAUAAUCACUUUAUACCGGACGUAUCAGUAAGCGAGAACAGUCGGGGUGGUUGUUACGCUGAUAUCGAUCUAAUUUUAAGUAAUUUGUGUCACAUGCAGUGCCAAUCCGUGCGGGCAAUCUCCGGCAUAGGUAAAUGAUGAAUUAAUUCAUAUACAAGACUAUUUUUAAACAAAAAAUGAUGAAAAACCCGAUGCGCAUGCGACGAAAGGAGUGUAAAAAGUAGUAGUCAACUCUAGUCCAGUAUAAUUUGCAUUCGAUUAUUUAUGUAUUUUUUUUACUACUGCAAACGGUUCAGCCAGAAGUGUAUUUACUGUAAGAUAAUAUUGGAUUUCUUUGUAUUAAUUAUGUCUUUGUUGCACGCGCCACGCUUCCAUGGUUGAUUCAUGAUGAAAACUGGUUUCUGUGUACAAUUUUUUAAUUAUAUUGGACUAGUGCACAUGAUUUUCUUACAUUGUUAAGAAUGGCGAGGAGUUUUGCAUAAUUUUAUAAGAGAAAAAAAUAGGAUUAGCUAGAUCUUAUGCGAUUUGAUAAUGAAAGAUUAAUUGUUUCGUAGGUAGGUUCGUAUUUAGUGAGUAUUAGUUACAAUUCUUAGGUUUUGUUUUUUCCUUUGUAAUGUUUGUGCCAUUUGUUGGGGUUUUCAUAUUCGCGUGAUUGGCACUUACAGCGAAAGAAUGGGAAUAAAUAUAAGUGGUAAUCAA